AUGAAAAGGGGACGUAGAAAAGUUGAUGGAGAUGGCAAUUGUCCAUCUAAUGGAAUGGCAUCUAGCCAAAGGAACGAUAAUUCCAAUAAAAAUAUCGUUCGGAAAAUAUAUGUAAUUGAGGAUGAUAAUACUGACAGUGAAGAUAAGAAAAUAUGUAAAAACAGACGUUUGGAUUUACAUAAUUCAAGUUCUAGAGAAAGCAAAGACAUGAAAUUAUCUGAAGAACCUAGACACAUAAAUGAAAAAUGUAUAAAUGAUAAUAACAAAAUAAACAAUAACAAUCCAGAAAAAGAUAUAAUUGAUCUAAGUGAUUCGUCUAAUGAUAUGAAACAUAAAAAUAAUAAUAAUAAUAAUAAUAAUAAGAGCCAUACUAAAAAUAAUAUAUUUUUCCAAACAAACAAUCCAGAUACUUCUUAUAAGAUAAAAAAGGAUUCUACAACGAAACAAGAAAAUACAAGUUCUUCAUUACAUGAUGUAAGCAUUAAUGAUAAUCACAAUGAAGUAAAUAACGAAAAUGUAUUAGUAGGGGGAAAUGAUUCAAUUAACAAUGGCAAUUAUAUUAAUAAGAAAACAAAUAAUUUACAAAAUGUUAAAAAUACUACUAAUUCUAAAAGGAAAAAAUAUAAUUCAAAUAAUACUAUGCCAACGAAAAAGUAUAAUAAUACUCAUCAAGACAAUAAUAUUACUGAAAAUAGAGAAAAGGAAAAUACAUCAUCCAUCUAUGAUAAUACGUGCAAUAAGAAUAAUACGGUACAUAUUUCUAGAGGAAAAAAGAAUAAAAGCAGUAUAUCGAUACAUCCUAUGAGAUUAAGAAAUAGUACUGUAAGCAACUGCAAGAAAGAAAAUUCACAAGGUGAUGAAGAAAAAGAAAAUGAAAACAAUAUACCAAAUAAAAGACAGACAAGAAAUAUUGGAAAGAUAAAUGUUCAUAUAGAAAAAGAAGAAAGAGGAAAUCAAGAAAAUAUUCAACAAAAUGAUUCUGUAAUAAAUAAUAAUAUCAUAGAAAAUAAAACGGAUGACAAAAAACCAAAUAUUGCAAAUAAAAAAAGUAUUCAAAAACGUACAAACAAAAGAAUGAAUGUAGAAACAUUUGAUAUAUGUGCAGAACAAAAUGGAAAUUCUAAAAAAAAUAAUAGUACCCUUGUUAAUACUAAUCCAAAUGAUUUGUAUGAUGAUAUAAAUGUGAAAACUGAUUGUGAUUGGAAGAAAUAUUAUUUAUCAAAUGUAAUUAGCUUUUUGAAUUGUAAAUAUGUGGACUUAAAUAAUUACCUUUUGUCAAUGAAAUACAAAAGUGUUAAGAAUAUUGAUAUACUUGAUUAUAUACAUACAAAAUAUUAUGAUAACCUAAAAUAUAUAUAUUUUGAUUUGCAUUUAGAAAAAAAUAGCAGUAAAAUAUCAUCUGGAGAUUUAUAUGUUAUUUUAAAUCCCAUACUUAAUGUAACAUAUUAUUCUAAGAUGAUUGAUUAUUGUAUGUCGUGUAUUCCAUCAAAUUGUCGUCGUCGAAUAACUAGGAAAAGAUUUUUUAAUUCUAAUGCAACUCUUACUGAUAAUUCUAAUAUUAAUUCUAUUAGAACUGAUAAUUGGUAUACAACUCAUUAUAGAAAUAUUCAUGAAUCAGAAAUAUUUGAUUAUCAAUGGUCUAUACCUACCGAGCCAAAGGGUUCAUUUUACAGAACGGUUAAUGCUUAUAGAAUUAAUAGAUAUUUUAUGUACCGUAAUACCUUAGUAGCAAGGACCAUAAAUUUAAAUGCUACUAAUAACGUAAGUGUUUUUUAUACCAUUAAUAAGAUUUCUUACGAAUAUAAUAUAAAAAUAUCUUUUGAUAAUUUUUGGAAUAUUGCCGAUCCUGAAAAUAACUAUGUAUAUUAUUAUUAUUUUGAUUUUGAUACUAACCAAUAUUAUACAUAUAAAAUAACUAAAAUUGGACGUUCUGGAAAUUCCAAUCUAAUUAAAGAAUUCUUAAUCAAAAUGAAACCUACAUUUUGGUGUUUACAAGAUAUUAUAAUUUAUAGUAGCUUAAUAUUUCAUUCCACAUAUAUGAGAUAUGAAAAAAUGAUACAUUUUGUUACAUUUCAUGAUUAUUUACAAUUAUUUGUACAAGAACAUUUGAAACAGUUCUUGGAACUUUUUGACGCUCUUCAGGAACCUAUACCAAAAAAAUUUCUUCGUAAAAUUAAAAUAUAUAGGAGAUUGGAAUUUUCACUAAUUUUUACUCUAUGUGAAACAAGAAAAAAACUCCAUGCAUAUAGUUCUAUUACUCGUCGAAUUGACUCAUUCUUAUCAGAUUAUGCUUUCUUUUCUGAAAGUCAAAAAUUCCGAUUUAUAUAUCAUUUUUAUAGUGUUAGAUUAUUAGGAGUUAGUCCAUCUGAUUUAUAUAUGAAAACUAAUAAAUUUUUAUCUAUGUAUGAUGCAUAUGUAAGGAAAAAUGAACGAAAUGCAGAUAGGAUACCAAUCAUGUUUAAUAAAUUUGGUAUACUACUUGAAGCACUUAUUUAUAAAUGUAUUCAAUAUGAUAUUAUAAAUACCGAUAUAAGAAAUAAUAAAAAUGAAGCAAAAAAUACCCAAAAUGUUGGAAAUGACGGAAAUGCUGCAAAUUUUGUAAAAUCAGGAAAUGUUAAAAAUGCUGCAAAUUUUGUAAAAUCUGGAAAUGUUAAAAACGCUUCAAAUUUUGUAAAAUCUGGAAAUGUUAAAAAUGCUGCAAAUUUUGUAAAAUCUGGAAAUGUUAAAAACGCUUCAAAUUUUGUAAAAUCUGGAAAUGUUAAAAACGCUGCAAAUUUUGUAAAAUCAGGAAAUGUUAAAAACGCUGCAAAUUUUGUAAAAUCGGAAAAUGUUGGAAAUUCUAGAAAUGCUGAAAUUCAUGAAAGUAAUAGUCCUAAUCACAAUGGGGAUAAAAAUGUAGAUCCCUCUGAUAACGUUACAGGAACAAAACAAGAUGAAAAUGAAACAAAAAAUGUAAUGCAAAUUAGUAAUAUUUUAUCUAAUUGUAUAUUAAGCGAAAUAAUUUCAAAUAUGGAAACAAUGAAGUUUCCUAAUAAAUAUUAUCCAUGGGAUAAUAAAAAUGUAUUUGAACCAUUUUUAGAAUUAUUAUGUAUAUGUAAGGAUUUAAGUUGUACAAAUACAAUGUGUUAUAGAUCCUUAAUUAGAUAUAUUAAUGUUUUCAUUCAAAAUACUAUAUUAAGAAUAUUUGUUUUAAGAAAUUACAAAUUUAUAGAUAAAACGCGUAUUGAUUAUUUCAAAAUACAUAUGUUAUUAAAAUUAAUCUGUACCUUUACCCCUUGUUAUAAUUCUCGAAUUGUCAAAAUAUCUUGCUUCUUUAUGAUUUUCAUAAUUAUGAAUAAGAAAAUAAAUCGAUAUAAACAAGAUUAUACAACGGAUUGGGACAAUCCCGAUUUUGAAAAAUUAAAAGAAAAAUAUUACCCAAGCAGUGAUCCAAAAAAAGAAGGAUUGUCAAAACCAAAUCACAUGUAUGGAGUCCCAAUAGAGGUCCUACGUUUUUUUAUACCACACUAUAAACAAUGUAGACCAGAAGAUUUUAUAUACUGUCCUGGAUAUAAACCCUAUGAAAAUGACUAUUAUAAUGUAGAUGGUACCGUUCGUAUUAUUCGUGAUCAUAUGAGAUAUAGUUUUUAUGUUGAGAAUAUUUGUUCAAAGAAGAUGCGUCACAAGAGAAGAAACAUAAGCGCAUUUAAUAAAAUUUUAUAUAAGAAUUUUAAAUCAAUCAAAAAACAAUUUACUAUGUUUCAUCGUCCAAACAUGUUAAAUUUAUCUUAUGAUUGGGAUUCAUUCCAAAAAGAUAUUAUGGUAUUAGUAAACCAAAUAUUAACCUCUUACGAAUGGCAUGGACAUGGAGCUUUUGAAUCAUUCGUAAGUAUAUGGAGAUUUAAGAAAAGAUAUUCUAAGUCCUAUACAUCUACUAAAAGUGUUGAGGAAAAUUUUAGAAAUAUAGAAGAAGACUUAGCUGAUUUAGAUGAAGAUUCAACAGAAAAUAUUAAUGAACCUAAUCAUUUAGAUGGUCAAAAUAAUAAAAACAAUAGAAAAACUAAUAAUGAUAAUACAUUGAAACAAAAUCAUCGAAAAUCUAGGGGCACAUCUGUACAAGGACGCAAAAAUAAAAUAAAUCGGGGAUCAAAAGGCAAACAUAAUUCUAUAAAUAUUCCAAAAGAUAGAAAGACGAACAUAAUGUCACAAAUUAAUAAAUUCAUAUUUAAUAAAAAAGAUAUUAAAAUAAAAUGUGAAGAAAGUAGUAGUUCAAAUUAUGAAGAGGGAAAUAGUUCGAGUAAUGAAGAAAAUAAUAUAUCAACUGAUAAAAAUAUAAGUAAUACAAAUAAUAAAAAUGGAGUUUCAUUAUAUGAUAAUUCAAAGGUUUAUUUGAAAGGAGAUUAUAAAUUUAGCAAACAGUUUCAUAAGUACAUACACAAGAACCUUUUAGAUAAUGUCGAUAAAACAGAUAGAACAAUUAAUAUUAUAUCAAAAUUCUUCGGUGGUGUGAAUAAGUCCAAUAACGUGAAUAAUAUUAAUAGUGUAAAUAAGGAGAAUAACAUGAAUAAGGUGAAUGCUGUACAUAAGAUAAAUGCUGUGGAUAAGGUAAAUGCUGUGAAUAAGGUAAAUUCUGUCAAUAAGCUAAAUGUUGUGAAUAAGACGAAUGUUCUGAGUAAGUUGAAUGCUGUGUAUAAGGUGAAUUCUGUACAUAAGAUGAAUGCUGUGAAUAAGGUAAAUGCUGUAAAUAAGGUGAAUGCUGUGAAUAAGGUAAAUGUCGUGAAUAAGAAGGAUAUUCUGAAUAAGUUGAAUGCUUUGUAUAAGAUGAAUGCUGUGUAUAAAAUGAAUGCUUUGAAUAAGGUGAGUGCUGUGAAUAAGGUGAGUGCUGUGAAUAAGAUGGGUGCUGUGAAUAAGGUGUGUGCUGUAAAUAGGGUGAAUGGAGUAAACAAGGUGAAUGAGGUGAAUGAGGUGAAUGAAGUGAAUAUGGUAAAUGAAGUAAAUGAGUUAAAUGAGGUGAAUAAUGUCAAUGCAGUGAAUGAAGUGAAUAGUGUGAACGAGGUUAAUGAAAUGAAUGAGGUGAAUAAGGUGAAUGAGCUAAAUGAGGUGAAUGAAGUGAAUAAUGUCAAUGAGGUGAAUAAUGUGAAUGAGAUGAAUAAUGUGAAUGAGAUGAAUAAUAUGAAUGAGAUGAAUAAUGUCAAUGUAGUGAAUGAAGUGAAUAAUGUCAAUGAGGUGAAUAAUGUGAAUGAGAUGAAUAAUGUGAAUGAGAUGAAUAAUAUGAAUGAGAUGAAUAAUGUCAAUGUAGUGAAUGAAGUGAAUAAUGUAAAUGAGAUGAAUAAUACGAAUGAGCUAAAUGAGGUGAAUGAAGUGAAUAAUGUGAAUGAGGUGAAUGAUGUCAAUGUAGUGAACGAAGUGAAUAAUGUAAAUGAGAUGAAUAAUAUGAAUGAGCUAAAUGAGGUGAAUGGGGUAAAUGAAGUGCAUAAUACGAAUGAGAUAAAUGAGAUGAAUAAUGUCAAUGUAGUGAAUGAAGUGAAUAAUGUAAAUGAGAUGAAUAAUAUGAAUGAGCUAAAUGAGGUGAAUGAAGUGAAUAAUGUGAAUGAGGUGAAUGAUGUCAAUGUAGUGAACGAAGUGAAUAAUGUAAAUGAGAUGAAUAAUAUGAAUGAGCUAAAUGAGGUGAAUGAAGUGAAUAAUACGAAUGAGAUACAUGAGAUGAAUAAUAUAAAUGAGGUGAAUAAUACGAAUGAGGUGAAUAAUACGAAUGAGAUAUAUGAGAUGAAUAAUAUGAAUGAUGUGAAUAAUACGAAUGAGAUAAAUGUGGUGAAUGCGGUUAAUGAAGUGAAUAAGGUGAAUGAUUCAAAUAAUUCAAAUGAUGCAAAUGAAGGAAAUAACGCAAAUUAUUCAAAUGAUUCAAGCAAUACAAAUAAUAACACAUCAAGCAGCACAAAUAACUCAAAUAAUAAUACAUCGUGUAGUUCACAGAACACCACAACUAGCAGCGAAAAUAAUGAUUCAUUAGAAAAUAAAAGAAAUGAAGAAGAUGAAGAUGAAGAAGACGACCAAAAAGAUACACAAAAAGAAAAAAACAAUUUAGAACAGGAAGAUAUGAGUCCAUACGAAGAUAGAAAUAAAAAUGAUGAAAAAAAUAUUAAUGAACAAGAUAAAUUUCAUUUAUCAAAUGAUUUGGGAAAAAUAUAUGAUACAUAUAACCAAGGAGAUGAAGUUGUUGUAUCUAAGAAUAAGGACAAAUUAGAAAAGCAUUUGAAUGAUUACAAGAGUUAUUAUUAUUUAUCUAAAGCAACACUCAUGGACAAAAUUGGAGAAUCACAAAAUAAUAACAACUAUAAUGUAUGUAAUUCAAAUGAACUUGGAACUAAUGAAUCCAUAAAGACAAAUUCUGAUCAGAAUGAUAAUGUAAAAGAAAAAAAUGAUUCCAACAUAUUUAUGAAUAAUGAUAAUUAUAAUUCGUCUUAUGAUAAUGUACAUAAUGAUAAUGAUAAUAAUAUGGUAUUUAAAGAUUCUUCAAGACAAGAUAAUAUGGAGAAACAAAAAAGUGGAGAAAACAAGCAAUAUUUAAACAAUUUCGAUAAUAAUGGUAAUGAUAAUGAUAAUGAUAAUGAUGAUAAUAAUGAUAAUGAUAAUAAUAAUAAUAAUAAUAUGAAUAAUCAAUAUAAUUAUCAAGAAAAUAAUAUUAACACAAAUUAUAACAUUUUGUACACUCCUUCUAAUUGCCAAAUCCAAAACAAUUCAUAUAUGAAUACAAAUGAAAUGUACCAACCAUUAUAUAAUACAUAUCCUUCAAAUGCUAUUCAAGAAAAUUCUACUAUAAAUAACAACAUUAUUAAUGUAUCACCUUACAUGAAUAACGACAACACCACUAAUAACACCUUCAUUUCUGGUAUGAAUUCUAAUUUAAGUUCUAAUAUUUCCAAUAUUAAUAAUAACACAUACUCAUAUGAUUUAUAUAGUUCAAUGAACAAUAGUUAUUUAAAUAACGACAUUCAAAUAGGAAAUAAUGAUAUUAAUUCAAACACAUUGACAAAUAAUAUUGUCAUUAAUAAUUAUGUAGGUAACCACCAUAUGCAAGAUUCCUAUGUAACACAAAACACAGAAUAUACUAAUCAAAUAUCAAGCCAAACAUGUCCCAAUUUACAAUAUUAUACACAUUUCCCAAAUCAUAUUACAAAUAAUAAUUAUUAUAAUGUUCAAAGUGGAAUUAAUGAAGUGCAAACACAAAGUAUGUCCCAAGAAAAUAAUGUGUCCCAUUCAAAUGAAGAAUAUAUGAAUAAUAAUGCACCAAAUAACAAUGUGAACGUUUAUAAUACAUAUGAAUAUAAUAAUAAUCAGAAUAAUAAAAAUGAGAACAUUAAUGAUACCAAUUUUCUUAAUGGUUCCAGUUGGAACAACAACAUGAUUAAUAUUUCUAAUGUUCAGAAUUCUGAAAACAAUGAAAUUUAUUGUGAUAACAUCCAACCUAAUGUAGAUAACUCUAAUAGAAAUCAGAAUUAUGGAAUUUCUAUUGAAAAUAAUAAUAUCACAGAUAACAACCUUAAUGGAAGUAAUAGAACUACAGGAAAUAAUACAUAUUUUAACAACAAUUUUAUGUAUAAUAGCCAGAACGACAUAUUUGCAGGACAGGGAAAUAAAACACUUUUGGAUAAUAGCAACAUUAUAACAACUGGUAUAACAUCCAAUGAAUAUGUGCCUAAUACAAAUUAUGUAAUAAAUAACAUGAAUAAUAAUGUAUAUAAUAGUUUAGAAAGUAAUUAUAUUGGAAAUAUGAAUAAUGCGAUGAAUCAAAUAGGAAUGAAUUCUAACAAUGUUGCAUAUAUGAAUGACAAUAACCUAUCUAAUAAUAAUAAUGAUAAUAAUAAUGAUUAUGAUAAUGAUAAUAAUAAUAAUAAUAAUUAUUCAUAUGAUAAUAAAAACGAUGAUAAUAUAUUAAAUGGAAUAAAUCAAAAAGAAUCUAAUAAUGUAUGUGGUACAUUAAUGUCUGAUAGCGAUAUGCAAAGAAUAACAUCAAAUGUAGAUUUCUAUAAUAAUAACUCAUCAUCAUUAUAUACAACAGCAGUUAGUGGAUUAGAAUUUAAUAAUAACAAUUCGAAUAAUUUAUAUUUUAACAAUAAUUCCAUAACAGGAUGUAAUAUAUUGAAUAACAAUGUAGAAAAUAAUAAUAAAAUAACUAUAUCUAAUAAUAUGAUACAAAACGAAAUUUCAAACGAAACGAACAAUAAUAAUUCUUUUAAUUCCAUGAAUCAAAACAAUAAUUUUACCAACUUUAUGAAUAUUAAUAAUUAUCAUGGAAAUACAACUUUAUUACCUCCACAACAAAACAUACAAAAUAAUGAUGUGCAUCCUUCAAACAGUUAUGGAAAUAUAAAUAUGAUGAAUAAUAAUAAUUCACUAUAUUCUAAUAAUUCAAACUAUUAUGUAAAUUCUAUAACGAAUGAUGUCAAUUAUAGUAUGAUAAAUAAUUUCAAUUCCUUUCAUAAUAAUACAACUGAAUAUAUGGUACCUCAAACAACGUAUAAUAAUAGUCUUGGAGAUAAUGGGACAAGAACAACAACAUAUCCAAAUGUAGGUUUAAACAACUUGAAUGUUUAUCAAAACAUGUAUAAUGAAAAUAAUAUGAAUAAUACAAAUAAUAACAUUUUCCAAGAAUAUCCCAAUAAUAUAAUGCCUCCAUAUAAUUUAUCAAAUAAUAUAGGGCAUAAUAGUUAUUCAUAUACUGCAUAUAAUUAUACCAACGUUGUUUCAAACCUUAAUAAUAAUAUCGACAUAUCUACUAAUAUAGUGGAUACGAAUUUCAACAUUAGCAAUUCAAAUAAUUAUAAUGUUGAAGAACAAACACAAGAAAUUGUAGUUGAAUAUAAUAAUAAUACUGAUACAAAUUUUAAUAUAUCUCAGCAAAAUAAUAAUAAUAAUAAUGAUAAUAUUAAUAAUAUUAAUAAUAUGAAUAAUAAUAAUGAUAAUAAUAAUAAUAGCCAAAAGAAUAACCUCUCAGAAGUACAAGUUUCUAAUAUCAAUACACCUUCAUCGUAUAAUAUAAGCGCAAGAAGGAGAAGAAGGAUUGGAAAUAAUGGACCACCAAGUGCUGAAGAAUUAAAUAGAUUACUUAAUAUACAACACUUGACCAUACCAGAAAUAGCUACUAUUUAUGGAGUUCACAGAACAACUAUAGCAAGAUGGUGUAAUAUAAGGAAUAUUACAUCAAAUUCUAUGAAUAAUUCCCCUGGGAAAAGAAGAAAAAAUGAAGAUAACAAAUGA